GACUGCGAAAGGAUGGAUUUAACGAUGUAAACGCAAUAAAACUAAUAAUUUCGACCGUGUUUGGGCGACGAUUUAGUAAAUCGUUCAUCGGUGAGGAUGGCGUACCUUUUAACUGAUUGAAUGUGAGACGUAUUCAUAAACUGUAGUAUUGUUAGUAACAUUUAUAACCAUGCUAAGCUUGUAGAUAAGUUAUUGUCAAAGCCCAGUUACAGUAUUUUGUUUUUGAUGGUUUAGUGGCCGUGCUAGUCGGUGCUACAGCCCUACCCAACUGAUAACAAAGAUGAAUGCUUUAGUUGCACUUUGCCACUUCUGUGAACUCCAUGGCCCUCGGACGCUGUUUUGUACAGAGGCUGUCCACCCGCCCUCUCCAUCGCCGCAACCUGGUUCAGCAAUUCCUGUUGACAGGGACCGAGAGGGGGAUAGAGAGGGAGAGGGACUCACCAUGAGAGCCAACAGCUCUGACACACAAAGAGCUGACAUGUGCGAGGGCUGUCGCUCCCUACCUGCAUCUCACCCAGGCUUUGUGAGCGUGGACGGUGAGACAGGAAUCCGUUACCUAAGCCACCAACACCCACGCCAGCCACAGCUCUUCAGCGUGGUGCGACAGGCAUGUGUACGUAGCCUCAGUUGCGAGGUUUGUCCUGGUAGGGAGGGUCCCAUCUUCUUUGGGGAUGAACAACAUGGAUUUGUUUUCUCCCAUACGUUUUUCAUCAAAGACAGCCUAGCACGGGGCUUCCAGCGGUGGUACAGCAUUGUUGUGGUAGCCAUGGACAGGAUCUACCUCAUUAACUCCUGGCCAUUCCUGUUGCGUCACCUGCGGCUUACCAUUCAUAGUCUACAGAGCACAGCACUCAAGGUGUUUGACAGCGAGCAGUGUGUGUGUCCACAGAGGGCUGCACGUAUGAACAACGCAUUCUCUCCAACAGUUUUCCCCCAUCAGCGCAGCGGCAAUGCAGCUCGCUCACUCACAUCCCUAACCCAACACACCAACCUGUGGGCCAGUCUCCACUCCUCAUUCAGUUGGUUACUGAAAGCUUGUGGCAGCCGGUUGACUGAGAAGCUUCUAGAGGGAGCACCCACAGAAGACACACUUGUUCUCAUUGAAAGACAAUCUGAACAAGAAGAAGAAAAGACUGUCUGGGACUGUGAAGAAGAGGGCGGGUCUAAACCACAGACCAGCCAUUCAGACAGUUUGCAAGCCAGAGAUUUUCCAUAUGAUGACGGGACACAAGAGGAGCUUCUUGGGCCAAAGUUCAAAUCUCUCAGACAUUUAAGACAGGUCCUAGGUGUUGCAGAUUUCCGACAACUGGCUUGGCAUGUUCUCAUGGGCAACCAAGUCAUAUGGAGAGGCGCAGACCCUGGUCUUAUCCACUCAGCUUUCAGUGUGCUGAAGGCUUUGGUUCCAGUUGGCUGUGUCCGACCAGUUCCAUACAGUCCACACUAUGAGGAAGCAUAUAAAUGCAACUUCCUUGGCCUUAGUCCAGAUGUUCCGAUCCCAGCCCAUGUCAGCUCUUCAGAGUUUUCAGUGCUGGUGGACGUUCUUAACGCUGAGCGUGGUUGUGUAAAUCCUGUAUCAGAUGAUGACAUUCUCUCACUCUACCAGUUCAAAAUUAGCUGUGCCAACACACAACCAACAGACAAAGGUCCAACUCUGUUGAAUAAGAUUGAAGUGGCUCUUUCUAAUGAGAACCUAUCAGUGGAGGUGGUCUCUCUCUGCCUACUGUGUCUGAAAGAGGAAUGGAUGAAUAAAGUGAAGGUGUUGUUUAAGUUCUCCAAGGUGGAUGGCAGAGGCAAAGAAGAUACUCAGAAAGUUUUAGCUCUGCUGGGGGCCACUGGAGCCGCAGAGGAGGACAAUGUGCGUCUGCUUAAGUUUUGGAUGACAGGACUCAGCAAGACCUACAAAAGCCAUUUGAUGACAGCUGUUAGAGUUGGAGAAAGAACUCUGAGCCAGUGAGAGGCAGAGAGCACAAUGGACUCAUUGCGUCUGUGUGGGGAAAAGGGGGCCAGGUCUGUGCCCCCAGAAAGACUGUUGUUGUUUUCCUGUGUAAUACAGACAAAUUAUCUGAGAAAGUAAAAGAUAUUGUUGUUAUUGAAGCCUGAAAAAAACAGUUAGACAUGUGCAUUUAAAUGGAAUGUUUUUACUGUCAUGUCUAGACAUGUCCAUUUGCUGUUUUUUUUUUUCUUCGUGUGUCUAAUAGUGCAUAACGUUGAACAGACUAUGUGAAUUAGGCAGAGUAGCAGUUGACAAAAGGUUUUCUAAAGGUUUUAUUUUCAUCUAAUUGAGCCUGUUAUAAUUAAUCAUACUGCCUAUUUAUAGUCCAUUAUAAGUCAUCACAUAUCUCUGUUCAUCUGACUUGUCUGAGAGAGAAUAUUUUAUUAAAAAUUGUAUUUAUCCUUACUUGAUAACUUAUUUCAAUUAAAUGGUUUUUACUGUAAAUUCAGACAUGUUAAAUAAAUGGACUGUUCUGCUUGUAAACAGAAGUGCUAUUUA